AUGAGUCUUGACAUGUAUUUUAAGGUACAUGGGAUAAAUUUGGAAGAUGAAGAAGUUGAGGAAGAUGAGGAAGAUGAGCUUGAUGAUGCUGCAAAUGAUGAGGGUAAUGGAGGACAAGCUAGUAAUGAAGAAUUAGGCACAAUAAAGAAGAAAACUCGUGGAAAGACAAUGUGCAAAAAGCUUCAUGCCACUGAUUUUAAUGAUCGAUGGGAGGUGGAAUUUUUUGGAGGGCAACCUGUAGGUCCAACCAAGGAGGUUGUAUCUAACCUCAACCAACUUUUGGGCACAACGGUUAGAAAUCCUCGUUUUGUGACUUUGCUAUAUACUAGUUGGCAUGGUGUGCCUAAAAACAUCAAAGAGGACAUGUGGGACUAUGCCAAUGUAUCAAAAAUUCAUUCUUCCAAUAACUUCAAAGCCGUGGGUAAGGGAUUUUGUCGUGCAUGGAAAAAAUACAAAGGCGAAAUAAAAAAGGAACAUUUCUUAAAGUACAACACAAAGAAAGAAAUGAUAAAGAACCGACCGUUAGAGAUCCCUGAGGUUCAAUUUCGCAAACUAAUUCGGUAUUGGAGUCUUCCGACUGUCAAGGCUGUGUCUACUAAGAAUACUGAAAAUAGGUCAAAGCAAACAUGUCCUCACCGGAUGGGUUCCACAAAUUCUGGAAUAGUGCGCAAGCAGCUGCGCGACUCUAAAGAGAAUAGUGAAGAACCAUCAAGAGUUGAAGUUUUCAUAGCAACUCGCACAAGUAAAAAAGGAAAAGAAAUUGAUGCUAAAACACAAAGAACAAUUGCUGAACUUCAAACCCGAAUAGAGGCAGGGGAAAAUGAUGAGGAUGCAUUUGUAGGAGUGCUAGGAAAUGACCAACCAGGUCGAGUUCGUUGUUAUGGGGCUUCGAUUACAAGAAGCUCUCUUAAAAAGGACGAGGAGAUUUGA